CAUUAGCAUCAUGGAUAACGUUCAAGUUCAUGAAAUGUUUAUCAACUACCAAGGCGCAAACCAAAAGACCAUAACCAUUAACCAGACGUACACUGUUGUUGAGACUACUGUUGUAUUACCAAUCGGUGAAACUGAAAUUGAACAUAUUUUCAUUGACAGUGCAUUUCCAGUAGGCAAUGAAGCCACGUGCUAUGUGAUAGUAGCGAUCGAAGACAAUGAGGAUCCAGUUAUUACCUUUUGUCCAAACAAUAUAACAGUAAACACUACAUUCCGCCUACCAACUGCUAUUGUGUCUUGGAAUGAACCAAUCGCUGAGGACAACUCCGGUAGAGUGAACUUUACUGUUGAUAUUGGACCAGCCAGUACAUUCCAUGUAGGUGAUACUUUAGUGACGUACACAGCGGAAGAUCCAUAUGGAAAUACUGACAUGUGUUCCUUUACAAUCACUGUUCAAGAUAAAGAACCUCCGGUUAUCAGUUGUCCUACAAAUGUCACUUCAAAUAACUACAUCAGUGAGAUGUUAAGUAUAAUAUAUGUGAAGACAGAUGAAGGUCUUUCAUAUGCAACCGUCACCUGGGAUCCACCUAUUACUAGUGACAAUAAUAAUGACAAUGUUACGGUCGUAGCUGCACCAUACCAGUCAGGUGGUAUGAUACCAGUCACCACUUCGUUUAUUCAGAUUGUCUACACAGCAACGGAUAAUUACGAAAAUACUGACACAUGUGAAUUUGCUAUCCAGGUCUUAGACAAUGAGGUACCAAUUAUUUACAAUUGUCCAAACGAUACAAAAGUAAAUACUACAUUCCGCCUACCCACUGCUAUUGUUUCUUGGACCGAACCGAUUGCUGAGGACAACUCUGGUAGAUUGAACCUUACAGUUGAUAUUGAACCAGCCAGUACAUUCCAAAUAGACAAAGAGCCUCCUGUUCCAAUUUGUCCAUCACUAGUUAGUGGUGUAACAGAUCUUGGAAAAGCAAAUGGCACUGUGAGCUACAACAUUAGCAUCAUGGAUAACGUUCAAGUUCAUGAAAUGUUUAUCAACUACCAAGGCGCAAACCAAAAGACCAUAACCAUUAACCAGACGUACACUGUUGUUGAGACUACUGUUGUAUUACCAAUCGGUGAAACUGAAAUUGAACAUAUUUUCAUUGACAGUGCAUUUCCAGUAGGCAAUGAAGCCACGUGCUAUGUGAUAGUAGCGAUCGAAGAUGGCGAUUUCAUCUACUAA